GCCUUCCUCCAUUCAUGAAAUGGCGCCCUUGUAUUCCGUGCUUCGCAGUGCAUCUAGACGCGCUAGUCUUUUUGCAGGCCGCGCUAUUGAUUCUUCUGCAGCUUCCUAUGGCGAAACCGUCGCGCCAAACCCUAUUCGCAAUCGCCUGUUUCUGAAUAGCUGGCGGCGCUGCUGCUCUCCUCCUGUGCAACAUUUUUCUACCGCCACCAAGAAGAAGAAACAAAGUUCGUAUGAUCAUCAUCUAAUUCGAGUCAUCAACUCCGAAAUUAAGUACGCCCGUGAAUCUGAAUUCCAUGAUUGUGCCGUAGACAUCCCUGAUGGGUUACCUUUCAAGGUAGAAGAUAAUGUUGGCGAAAGAUUCAUUGAGCUUAAAAGGGGCUACCAAAAUGAGGUGAUCAAAAUCAAAGUUGACCUGCAGAAUGCUAGAUGUGAAGCUGUAUAUGAUGAUGACAAAGACAGAGAGCCUCAACCUAGUAUUCCUGUGGUCAUAACUGUGUUAAAACACAACGGCUCCUGUCUGCAGUUCGACGCCAUUGUUUUACCAGACAGGAUUUGUAUCUGGGGGUUGAAAUUGAAAGAGUCUGAAAGUUCAGAAACCCAACUAGCAUAUACAGGGCCUGAAUUCUCGGAUUUGGAUGAGAGCUUGCAGAAGUGUUUCCAGCAAUAUCUUGAAGCCAGAGGGCUCACAUCCAGUACUGCCAUCUUUUUGCUCGAGUAUGCCAUCAGCAAAGAAACUAAGGAGUACCUUAGGUGGCUUGAAACUCUCAAAAGGAUUAUAGAAACCUAAAUAACUAGCUCAUGAGCGAAAAUUCAACCCAAAUUCCCAAAUUAUUUUUUAUCAGUAGCCAACGUGAGAUGCAUCAGCUACUGUAGUGCUUAUCCGGUUAGGUAUAAUGGAAUUAACGACAAACCCUUGUGCAUGAA